AUGUGGAAAGCACUCUUGGCAGGGCUGUUGGCCCACGUGCUAGCUGAGGAGGAUGGCUCCUGCUUGCUGCAGGCCCAGCACGAGGCACACGGAAUGGACAGGCGCGCGAUGGCCGAGGCGAAGCAAAUGAAGGCCCAGCUGAGGCAUGCCUUGCAUGACAAGAGUUGGAACAAGGGCUUCUGCAAAGGCGAGCCCAUCACGGAGUACAACUUCAACGGCUUCAAGCACGGUGACGAGAUAAAGCCGAAUGCCAUCAAGGGCAUGACGAUCACGGCCACUCGCCGUGCCACAGAGCCGGAACCGGGUUUUGGCAAGCCUUAUUGCCGAAUCGUCGUUUGGUCCAAGGACGGCAACCGGCGUAAGGUCAAUGACUGCGGGGAGCAUCCGGGCGUGCUGGUCACGAUCACCUUCAAGAAACUCCAAAGUUUGCAAGAGCUCGAGCUUUGGGACCUGGAGGAACCGACCUUCGUGGAGCUCUACGGCACCAAGAACCGUUUGCUGAAGAACAUCUCCGCCCCCGGCGGCAGCGUCUGGGGUGAUCCCCACAUCUACACCCUCGAUGGCGACAAGUUCGACCUCUAUGAGAACGGCACCUACACCAUAUUCCAGUACUCCGGCCAGAAGCUUGCGCAGCCUAAGCACAAGGGACGUGCAGAGGUGGACUGGAAGCUCUACUCCCACUACGGCGGCCCACUAUGGACGGUGCAGGGCUUGCUGCUGGAGGAUCGUUCCAUGGGACGCUUCCGCCAGGCACUGGAGUUAAGCAGCACGGACUGCGAGUGGCGCAGCAAGACGGGGGACCGUGGCCAUUGGCAGGUGCUGAGCGAGAGCGGCCACUCUGUGUCGUUGCUGGAGGACGAGGACUACAAGAUCACGCUGCGCAUGAACGGGGAGCACGGCAGGAAGGACACGAUCGUGAUGAACACCGUUUGCAAGCCAAGCGGCAUCAAUCUGCGAGUGAGCAUGCCCAACAUGGCCGACAGCCAGUUCUUGGAGGGCCAAAUCAAUCCCGCCGGUGGUCAGCACAUGAAGUUCCAGACGAAUCAGGGCUGGGCAAAGUUGGGUGGCAGUGCCGAGGUUGCGGAGUUCCUCGAGGGCCUCGAGAGCAAGCAUGCCUUCAUCGCUGCAUCCUGCGAAGAUGCCGAGCGUGCCACGGCGGAGAAGCUGUGCAGCAAGCACUUGGGAGGGGAGAUGCGUGCGGCCGAAGGCAUCAAUGCACAGAUCUUCGAAGACUGCAUCUCCGACGCCUUGGCCAGUGAGACCGCGAGGGGAAUGUUGAACCAGAACUUUCGCAAAGCUGCUGUGACCUGCGCAGCUCGCCGCUGCGAAAUCCUUGCCAGAGUAUCUGGAGCAGCGCUACGGCUUCAAGUCCUUCUUGCAGGAGCUUCGAAGUGCCUCGGUUCGCAACACCAAGCCCCUCCUCAGCGCGGCGACGGUCCGGCUGCAGAUGUGGGGGAUGAACGCUGGGAGUGCGGUGACCCAGGCAAGGGGGGCAAAGGGACACUGUUGUUGAAAGAGUUAGUAAAGGGCAUGUGCACGUGCCGAAGUGGCAGUCGGGGAGGGAAUGUGUCAAACUAUCCCCGGAAGCAAGCAAGGCUCAAACCGUAG